AUGGGCCAACUAAUGGCCCUGCUGGUACUGGGUCUCACGGCGGCCCACCCCUUCGACCCCCGCAUGCCCAUAACGACAUGGCACGACGGCGGCCAACUCCCCUUCAUCCAACCCCUUACGGGCGGAUGGUCGUAUCGUAACGCGCAAGACCCACAAUUUCCAUGGCGCGAGGCGCCAGGCGACACAUGGGCAGCCCAACAGCCCAACAACGUGUUCGAGUUCGGCUGGCGCAACUCGUACACUCAACUGCGUACCUCCCUCCCAAACCAGACAGUCAGCAUCCUCACGACCUGCCCCAAGCUCCGCAUACUUGGCGAGGUAAAUGGCGCCUUCUCGCCAGAGGUGGACUGGAAUAUUUUUCUGAAUGGCCAGGUGUUGGAGUUGGGCGCGUACAGUUUCAAUACCAGUGCUGCGUUUGUCGAGACUUCGGCACCACAGAAUUCAGGGGUAUUCAACGUCACUAUCCAGCUUAAAUCGACGUUUAGCGGGACGAUGGGCAUCAAGGGCCUCGUGUGUACGACCAUGACGGAACGACCUAGCGAGCCGUCGCUCCCGAUGCUGUUCGGGCAGACGGGCAAUCGCUUGCUGUUCGUCAACAACUCUGCUCCUCAGCCUCAGUUCCAAAUCACCGGCAGCGCAACCGCAGAGAAUUAUACCUUGAAGAAUGGCGAGGGCGUCCCGGCCCUAGUGCUGCGCGGCGACACUGUCCUGAAAUACAAGCUCCCACCGGCACUUACCCACGUCCAGCUCCGGGGUUUUGUGGGACCAAACUACGGGCGCGCAAGGAUCUCGUUCGACCCGCCGGCGCCAGUCGAUCUCCUCCCCAAUCUUACAGACUUUUCCACGAACCGUAGCUGGUUCGCCGUGUCGUCGUUCUUCAGCGUCCCCCUCAACGCGAAUACGCAGUACACUCUCUCGGUAUCGACAGACGCAGCAACAGCCGGUGACGGCGUGUAUCUAGACGUGAUCACUGUCCUUUUACGCGUGGAUGAGGACGGGCCGUUCGGGCCGGCCAUGUCCUUUGAGCAAGAGAAACCACGCAAGGUGACGAAUAUCGGUGCGAUAGUCGGCGGGGUAGUUGGCGGAGUUUGUGCUCUAAUUAUCGGCGCUCUUGUUUUGUAUUUCCUCCGCAGGCGGCGUCCGCAACCAGUAACUCCAAGCACUGGUGGAUAUUUCGAGGUGGACGAAACGCAGGACCUCACGCCCACCAUUGCAACCCCGACAAACUCGAGCUCACCCUCAAGCCCGAUCGACAGCACCAAGAGCAACCUCGCGGCGUGUAUCCACAACCUGCCGCCAGGUGCCGGACCGCCGAGGGAGCCAGUGUGGCGGGGUUCGUACGCCACGCUGCAGCACGGGUCAUACGCCACGCUGCCUGCACACCGUCCCGAGUCGUUGGGAAUCGAGAAUGGACACCCGGCAAGUCCUGGUGGCUCACCGGACAUCUCUCCAACCCGCACGAGUCCCGAGACGAGUACCAAGGCACCGCGCCGACCACGCCGCAUGGGUCAGAGACCAGUCGUGCAGGAAGAUGAUGGAGGUACUUUGCUUCCCGAGUUUGUGCCGCCGCGGUAUAAUCCCGAGUGGGCACUGCAGCGUGAGAGCCAGCAGGAGCGGCGGGAGCAGUAG